AUGACCAAGAGAGAACCUCUCAGCCAGUACACUCUCAACGGCCAACAGAGAACUGCUCGGCCAUUGAGCCUGAUUGACCAACACCCCAGUCAACCUAACAUUAAGAGCACCCUUGUCAGUCUACUCCAGGAAUCUCUUGCCCUUCCUGCCCUUCUUUUGUCCAUCCAUUCUGAGCCGGAUAAGGAUAUGUUGUCAAGCUCCUCCUUACAAUUCAUCAUCUCAACCCCUCUCGAUCUCAAGCUUGUCAAGCAGGCGUUGGACGCUGGCCAGCUUGAAAAUUGGAGCUCAAUUGAUGAACUCUUUGCAGUUUGUCGAUCUUCUCCUGCUAUACCUAGAUUCCAGUAG